GAGAGCGAGCGGAGAGAGAUCGCUGCUGCCGCUCGAUAGCCGAGUCGCCCCGUCACAGAGAGCGACUCGCGGCCCUAAUGGCUCUCUCACGGACGCCGCCGCGGCUCAUCUUCAUGCUCGCGGCUCUGGAGGUCCGGCUGCUGUGUGGAGUGGCUCUGCCUGCGGUGAGGCACGGGAGCCAAGAGUGCUGCGAGGCCUGGGACCCCGUGGAGCGCUCCUGCCUGCUCUGCGCCGCAGGGUGCUACAAGGUGGGCUCCGAGGCAAGGGACGCGGUGCUCUGCUCUCCCUGCCCGCCCGGCUCCUUCACCAGCUUCCCCAACGCGCUGAUGCACUGCUUGUCGUGCACGCCGUGCCUCCACGAGAGGGGCCUCGUGCUGGCGAGGAACUGCUCGCGCGACGCCGACUCCACCUGUGGCUGCGACUCGCAUUCCUUCUGCGCCGUCUUCAGUGGCCAGCACUGUGAGCUCUGCCUGAGAAACUGGACGUGUGCGCGCAGCCCCGAGACCACGCAGGGUAGCCUGCAUACAGAGGCUGUGACACGCAUCCUCAUCGGGGUGUCCGUGUUCGCGCUGUGCAUCCUGUGCAUCACCGGAUUCUUCACGUGCAAGUCCUGCGUGCUGGCUCUGCGCGCGCCCGGCCGGUAGCGGCAGCCCCAGUGACGGCAACGCGAGGGCUGGCACCGCACCGACGCACCAGGACACCCCGGCACCACACCGGCACACCAGUACACACCGGCACACCAUGACACAUCAGCACUGUACCACCACACCGGCGCACACCAGUACACACCAGCACUACCAGGCACCUCACCGGCACCUCACCGGCACAGCAGAACACACCGGCACACCAGGACACAUCAGCACUGUACCACCACACCGGCGCACACCAGUACACACCAGCACUGCCAGGCACCUGACCGGCACCUCACCGGCACAGCAGAACACACCGGCGCACCGGCACACCAGUACACACCAGCACCCACUGCUGUGGCUUCACCAUGGGUGGACGCGAGGCUGCGCCAGUGGAGCCGACCACUGCGAGUGCCAGAUCCUCAUCGGAGGAGGCCAGGAUCGUGGCAAUCCUUCUGCGUCAAGGAAAGUCAGUAAUAUUUACUGCAAAAAAUACACCUCUCUUCUUCUUUUUGUACAGUUGCUGAGUACAGGCCCAAGGGCUCGAAAUAGUAAAGCGGCCAGCAACAAUCAACACCAUCACAGUUGUAGUCGAUAAGAAUGACCACAUUGCUUGCAUUGAGCAAAGUUAUUAUAAGGGCUUGAGAAACGAGAGGAUGGGAGGGAAUUCAGAAUUUGAGCAGUACAACGGAAAAAGCAGAAAUAGAAGUGUUGUGACCUGCAGCGUGGUGUGUGGUUGAGUCAGUGAGUGAGUGAAUGGGUGAAUGGAUGAGUGGGCGUGUUAUCUGCAGUGUGGCGGUUGAACAGAGUGAAUGAGACCAAAGUCAGUCUGGCAGACAGUGUCCUUAACACAGGUGGAGGCAUCAAAGAAUGACAUUCAGACGAACAGUGACCAUUGGUAGUAGUGAUCGAAGAGUGAUAAAGAGACAACUCAUCACUGCUGAGGGAGGGGCUGGAAUGAAUCGGUGAGUGCUGGAUCAUCAUUCAACCUGACUGCUUCACUCUGAAUUCUAUCAGAUGUCGUGAGGUGGGAACUGGGUACUCCAGCCCAGGCACGAGAUAACCUCUGUGGAGUGGCCUUCUAUCUGUGCAGUGUGACGUGGCGCAUGACGCGUACGCUCUAGCCGUGUUUUGCCAGGCACUGCAGCUUCAAUGAUGUGGCACUACCAUCGUAAACAUUUGUUUGAUUCCGAACGUACAAUAUCUGGCAAAUUUACUUAAAUAAUAAUGAACUUUCCUCAACAUUAAAGUGUGAUUAUAUACAACUUAUGAUACAGAUGAGUUACGUGAAAAAGGUGAAAUAAUCUUUAUUUACAU